AUGGACUGGGGCCAGGCGCGUAGCAGGGUCAGCCGCGGUGUCCACACGGCGCUGUCGCUUGACGGGGCCGGCGACGGGCCCGGGGCGUACCGCGAGUACUUGCGGACGCUCAGCGACAUUGCGGUGCUGCUGAGCGAUGCCGAGGCGCAUGUGGGCGCGACACCGGUGGACGAGCGCGGAGCGACGCUCAAGCUUGUGGAACAGCUUAUGUUUUUCGGCGGACAGUGCAUGGAGCGGGUGCAGGCGCUCGCCCUGCCGCACCUGACGGCGCUGCCGCACGUGCCACGGCCUGCCGCACCUCGCCAUGCUUCGUCGACCGUGGGUGCAGGCACGCCGCGAGUGGUGGUUCCGAGCGCCGGGCCGGCAAUGAUGGCAACAGUGGUGACUCCGCCGGGUGGCGGCGGACGGGCUGCUGCUGCGGGCUUGACGGUCAACGAGCACCACGCGAUCAUGUUGCCGGUGCUCCAGGCGCAGGCGCAGAACGAGGCGAUGAUGGCGCGGCUGCGGCGGCGGACGGGUGGGCGCGGCGGCGAUCGGUACCUGCAGACAAUGCGCAAGGCGGCGGAGAACAUGGCCAUUGCGCGGAAGAAGCAGGAGCUGCUCACGGCAGUCUUGUUCAACCGCAAGAAGCAGGCCGAGGCUGCGGCGCUUGCCGAGGCCGACGCCUCGAUUCCCGGGCAGAUGCAGCUGUUUUUCGGCGAAGAUCAUCCACAGUGGCGGCAGUUCCAGCAGUGGAAGCAGUUCCAGCACUGGAAAGCGAGCCAGGGAGAGGCCGGGGGCGCGAGCGGCAGCGCGCCGAGCACGCCAACGCAGGGCAUUGUGAGCACAGCACAGGAGCCAGCGCUACCGUCGCCGUCGUACAAGGCCGAUCGCAACAACCCGUACGCCGACGAAGACGCCCAGUGGUGCGAGGAGCUGAGUUCUGCUGGAGACGACGUGCUCCUCGUCCACACCCACCUCGCACGGGUUUUGCACCUCGCUGACCAUCCGCUCGGCAAGAUGCUUGCCGAGUUCUCGACGCAAUUUGCGGCCAAGUACGGAGCGACCAAAAGCAGCGGAGCGCAUGCGACAAGCGAAAGCGAGCAGGCAAGCGAGGCGAGCUUGCCGCAGGCGGUGACCACGAUCCAGUCGUUCGUCGCGCAGUUUUGCGAGUCAAUCCUGGAAGCGUAUCCCGAGGUGUCGGGUGUGUCGUGCGGUGCGGACCAGGUCCAGCUGACAGUGGAGGAGGCCGUGUUUCCGGAAGUGUACGCGCCGCUCUUCCGGCUGUACGUGAGCGCGUCUGCUGAGCGUGACACUGUGUUUCGGCUCAAGCUCACAACGCAGCUCAAUGAGCUGCCGCCGUCGGCCUUUGGCAUUGCGCCGCGGUUCUGGCUUGUGGGCGGCGGCGAGGGAGUGGGCCCCGAGUCGCUGGCACCGGAGCAGGUGCAGAGCGGGAUGCUCGCAUCGUACGCCAAAGUCAUCUCGCAGUUCCGCCUAGUCUCGGAGGCGCGGUCGCCAGGGGAAAAGCUGAUGGGCCUCGUCAAGGCCUCGCAGGUCAUCUGCACCACGGUGGAGGACUACUACCGCACACAUCCGCGCGACGAUGUCGACGGAGCGUCGCUGGCUGUCGGAGCUGAGGAUCUGCUUCCUCUCUUCUCGUACCUCCUCAUCCACGCGGCCAUCCGCGACGUGUGGGCCAUGUCGGCCUUUCUCACCGACUUUAUCAACGAGUUUUACUGCAUGGGCGAGGAGGGCUACGCGCUUGCGACAACCCAGACUGCGCUCGAGUACAUCGACGGGUUUGGCGCGUGA